UUUCAGUUUCAGUUUCAGUUUGUUCCGCCACUAUAAUUGCUUUAUCUUGGUCAGUUUCCAUCAUAAACUUCACAGGUUUCAAGCUUAUUGAUGAACUGAGAUUUCAUUUUUCAACAAAGAUUUGCUAACAACCUGCGUGAGAGAACAAAUACCACAUUGACUUCUCCUAUGAUUGUCUUGUUCUUGUACUAAUUUGUAUUGGCCCUCCUAUUGUCCUUCACAAAUCAGACACACUCGAGUCAACCACCUUACUAGUUAAAACCUUUUUUCUUCACUCCCACAUUAUUCUUUAUCCAAACAUGAUUUUAUCAAUUAUGCAACACUAUUUGAAUACAGGUACAUUAUCCCCCACGUACCCAAUUAACACCUAGAACCUUUUUCUUUGAAUCUUUUAAUAAACACCCUUUCUUUCACGUUACAUAGCUCACAUAAUAUAUAUACAUGUAGUAUUUAUGCUACAAGAAAUUUUACUACAACUUUUGGCUAUUAGGUUCUUCACUUUCCUCCCUUAACAAGAACAUGGUGAUGCAACUCAAGCUCCUAGCCUUAACCUUGUUGUUAUGGUUGAGGGUUGAGGGUGCAUUAGGAGACCCUCAAAUUAGUUUGCUGAACAAGGGGUGUAGCCAAUACAACGCAACCAAUUUGAGCAAUUUCUACGAAAAUCUGAACGCAACUUUGGAUAACCUUAUAGCACAGGUUAGGAAGCAAAGAAAGCACUUUGCCAUGGCUCAAGAAGCCAGAGGAGCAGACCCUGUCUAUGGCAUGUUUCAAUGUAGGAACUACCUCUCUACGGCUGACUGCGCCGCCUGCUUCGCCGCCGCCGCCGCCCAAGUCCGCAAUUGCUCCACCGGAGCCAACGGUGCCCGGGUCAUUUAUGAUGGCUGCUUCCUUAGGUAUGAGAGCUAUGGCUUCUUUGAGCAGACCACUAUGCCUGGCGACAGUAUAAUUUGUGGAAAUGAGAAAGCAGCUGAAGCCAAUGGUUUUAAUGCAACUGCACAGCAAGUGCUGAAGGAUCUUCAAAUUGCAACACCCAAAAUCACGGGUUACUAUGCAGCUACCAAGACAAAAGUGGCCGGUGGUGCAAUCUAUGCCAUUGCACAAUGUGCUGAAACUGUCUCAGAGAGUGGUUGUCUGGAAUGCCUCACAGUUGGAUACAAAAACAUAAACCUUUGUUUACCCAAUAAAAAUGGUAUAGCAUUUGAUGCUGGCUGUUUUAUGAGAUACUCAGAGACAGCCUUUUUUGCUGAUAAGCAGACCAUCGAUAUCACACCCUUGAAAAAAGGAGGUUCAAGCAAGAAAGGAGUCAUCAUUGGUGGUGUUGUUGGAGGAGUAGGUCUUGUUGUGAUCCUCCUUGCACUAUUUGCCUUGCUUAGACGGUACAAGAAACCCAAGAAGGCUCCAAGAGGUGACAUAUUGGGAGCAACUGAAUUGAAAGGUCCAGAAACCUACAGGUAUAAGGGCUUGAAGUCUGCAACAAAAAAUUUCAGUGAUGAAAAUAAACUAGGAGAAGGAGGUUUUGGAGAUGUAUACAAGGGCACUUUGAAAAAUGGGAAAGUAGUUGCAGUGAAGAAAUUAAUUUUAGGCCAUUCCAGGAAGAUCGAUGAACAAUUUGAAAGUGAGGUCAAGCUUAUAAGUAAUGUUCAUCAUAAAAAUCUAGUUCGACUUCUUGGAUGUUGCAUUAAUGGCCAAGAGAGAAUUCUUGUUUAUGAAUACAUGGCAAAUAACAGCUUAGACAGAUUCUUAUUUGGUCAAAAGAAGGGUUCUCUCAAUUGGAAACAAAGAUAUGAUAUAAUUUUAGGCACAGCAAAGGGUUUGGCCUAUCUACAUGAGGAUUUCCACAUUUGCAUCAUACAUAGGGAUAUAAAAACCAGCAAUAUCCUAUUAGAUGAAGAUAUGCAGCCAAAAAUUGCUGAUUUUGGGUUGGCAAGACUUCUACCGGAAGACCAAACUCAUCUUAGUACAAGAUUUGCAGGAACAUUGGGAUAUACAGCACCUGAAUAUGCAAUCAAUGGUCAGUUAUCAGAAAAGGCUGAUACAUACAGCUUUGGCGUUGUGGUCCUAGAAAUCAUAAGUGGCCAAAAGAGUAACGAAUUUAGGGCAGAUGCUGAAGGUGAAUUCCUCCUUCAAAGGGCAUGGAAACUAUAUGAGGAAAAUAUGCUUUUGGAGUUGGUUGACGAGACAUUGGACCCUGAGGACUAUGAUGCAGAAGAAGUGGAGAAGAUUACAGAGAUUGCUUUGCUUUGCACUCAAGCAUCAGCUGCUGCAAGGCCAACAAUGUCUGAGUUAGUACUCCUACUCAAAAACAAGAAUUCACUGGGGCAAAUGAGGCCUUCUAUGCCUGUCUUAGUUCAGUCUAACUUUAGGACCAAGGUAGAAACAUCUACCUCAACUGGUUCCUCUAUAUCUAAUGCUACUGCUACUGUUUCCAUGCUCUCAGCUAGAUGAAUAUCUUAAAAAGGAACUUGAAGUUUUGAGCUAAUAACGAGGGAAACAAUGUGUAAAAAGAAGGGGGGUUUUCUUACAGAAUUCUUAAAUACAGUACAUUAAUUAGUUCUAUAAAAAUACUAAGUAUAUAUAUUGUGAGAUAGUGGUUGAUGUAUUGCUGAUGAAAUAGUCACUUUGUUGAUAGUGAAGCACUUUACUAAACAUUGGAACUGGCUUAGAGACUUGAGAGAAAGGUCUUUCACUAACAUGUGUUCCCAUUUUGCCUGUUGAUGGGAUAUUUUCUUAGCAUGUGAAGGGGAUAGAACUUUCAAAAUCUACACAAAAUCUUCCACAAGUGUGAUGAUUGUAUUGGGUGAUAAUAAAAAGAUUUGUAAAAUAGAUAUUGCACAAUACAAAAUACUUUA